UCGUUUAGUACUGCCGACCCUUAAAUUUGACGCUGAACGCUAUAACUUAUCGCUACAUUUUUUCUGGGUGGCGCAUAUGUUAAAUUCUCAUCACGUGACCAAAUUUGAUGCUAAAAAGCACCUUUCCCUUAUAGUAAUUAUACCUUAUUGCCACGUUAUUGAUAAUUUGUGUUAGAAAAUUACAUUAGUUGUGUUCAUCGCAGGAAUCAUAAAAGAAAAGUUGUGUCAAAUUAAAAUGCCUAUACAAAAAAGAAAACGAAACCUUCAUAGAAAUGCUCAACCUUGGGAAAUAAAGGAUAUAAAUCAACUACUUGAACGUGCAGACCGUAACGGACAUGAGGACCCCGUCACUCUGAAGAAUGAUUUUUCUCACGAAUUUAGAGGACACAGAAUCGAGUGGGAGGUCGAGUUGAAAAUUUCAAGUUCAAAGUUAUUUCCCGGCGGACUGAGUUUAUCAUUCAUCCCUGGAAGCGGAAUGGAUGAUGACACCUGUAACUUUUACCUGGUUGAUAUCGACAAAAAUGAUCUUUACAUUGGACCGAGUGACCAAAGUACUUAUACUAAUCGUGAAGACCCAGAUUUUGUUCCUGACCGUUUCAAAAGAAAAAAAGGAGAUCUGCUUCCAAACAAUACUAUGACACUGCUCGUAGAAGUUUAUUCUUACUGGGAUUGGGAUCGUUAUCCGAUGAUACCUCGUCCGGCAUUUUCAUCAACUAUAGUUCCAAUUAUCGAGGUACCAAUUGAUUACUUUGGGUUAUAUAACAGUCGAGAAGAUAGCGGUGAUAUUGUUGUCAUACAGGUGCAGAAUACUAAAUUUCAAGUGCAUAAAAAUGUUUUAGAAAAAGGGUGUCCUGUAUUGUACGAAGAAGUUGUUCGUCAUCAGCAAACAUCCGACAGCAAUGACAAUUCUGAAUUAACUCUUACGGGUAUCAAUCCAGAGAUAUUUGAAAAAGUUGUGGAAUAUAUCUAUACUGAUAAGGUCUGUAACUUAGACGAUCAUUCAGAGUAUUUGCUAGAAGCUGCUGAUAAAUAUGAAUUGAUAAGACUGAAAUUAAUGUGCGAAAAGUCGCUUGUCUCUAAAUAUCUCGACACGUUUAAUGCUCCAGCGAUUUAUGAUUUAGCUAUCCGAUGUCACGCUCCUCGAUUAAAAAAGGCUGCCGUGGUUGUUCGACCGACUAUUGAAGACCCCAACGCACCCACGCCUCUUCCGACCAUCAGCACACAUUUAACCGAAGACGGAUAUGAAUUAACGAGAGUAUAAUAAGUUUCUCUAACGCGGAGUAGAUGUUUUUUACAUCAACAGAGAUCAUCUUGUUCAUUCGUAACGAUAACAUUUUUGGUCUUAUUAAAUUCUAUUAUUAUAAAUUCAAGACUGAUUAAUUACAUUUCUAAUUCGUUCAAUAAAUUUGUUCAUUGAACUUAACUUCUGUUUGCGUUUUUUACU